GCGACGUUUGUGUAUCCCGCUUUGAAGGCUUGUUUUCUGGAUGCGUAGCGGUAUUUCUAGCUUGUGGACGCGUCGCAGGCACUAAUAGGUACACUGCACGAGCAGUCUAAUCUGUGGAUGACCAGAACACGAGGAGUUGAUGCUGAAGGCGUCCUCAUCGGGCAUCGGCAUCGUCCUCACGCUCCGUCGUCGUCUCGCACUUACGCCAACAACGAUAAUAACAGAUUCAUGUCGUGGUUUUCUUCAGGUUCAGUCUCGAAACAGCAGCGAUUUUGCUGCUCGAUUUGCUGGACAGCUUGGGAAGAGGCGAAUAUUGGGCGAUGGUCCGAGUUCUUCAAUCAGUCGCGAAGUGCAAGGGAGGAAAAAGGUGAAGGGUUACGCGCCGUUGGUUCGUGCGGCUCCAAAAUAUGGACCCGUUGGCUCACGUACGCUAGAGGAAGGAGGAGAAGAGGUACGAAAAGCCGAACAGUCUGGGAAGCCCAAAGGAAAGCACAUGAGUGGUGCUUCAAAGAUCAAACGGCACGUCAGGUCCUCGCGAUCUUCACCCAGGCGCGGUCGAGCGAAAAGAGCCAAGAAAGCUGUUUACGUGCAGUCCGAAAAUCUCGAAGUCGUGCCGGACUCAGAAUUGCAGACUCUUCCAGAAUUACCGAUGUUAGACGACUCUGUGCUGAACUUACAAACUCAAUCUCAUUCCAAACUGGACGUAUAUUCAUUACUAGACGAUCGUCAAAUAGAGGACCUCUCAGUACCCGAGCUACGUGCUCUAAUAUUCCACAAGGGAACAGACCUGAUGCAAGUUGCAUGGGAUGCAUACCAACGACUUGUCUCCAUCGAAAUGGACGAAAACAUCCUCCGCGAGCGUUCCGACAACAAAGAUACAGAUACACACGACGACCCACUUACUACUGUCCGGCUACUUGCCACUCUAGCCAAUCGACUAAUAGCAGAACGCAAAAACCACCGAAAGAACUCGAGAGAGAUCUUCCUCCGACUUUUAUCUGUCUACGCUCGUCUACGUCGAGAACGGGGUCAAGCAGAGGGAGUGCCGUACUUGAUGACGGCAGAAUGGAACGCACUGAUCCAUUGUGCGGGAACGGGAUUGCGCGGUAGGCUUUCUCUUGAGGCGUAUAAUGCUGCCUUGGAUGUCCACGAUGAUAUGCUACGCGGAGUGGGCGACGCCAAACUUGCAGGCUACGAAACUCUCGUGAAAGAGGUUGAGCCGGACAUUUAUACGUAUACCACGCUACUCAACAUUGCCUUGCGAUCUGAGCAUCAGCCCGCUAUUGACCAUGCUAUGAAGCUCCUGGAAGACUCGAAGAAGGAGCCGACGCGUAUUACUCAUUUGUGUAUGAUGCGUUAUCGGUAUAGGCUUGAAGGUCUUUCGGGAGCGAGAGCUGUACUCGCCCAGCUUCAUCCUGAGGAGAUUGGUUCGGAUGGGAUUACGGCGUAUUUGACAUGCGCUGGGAACGAGGGAGACUUGAAUGUUAUUGAGAAGAUAUACAACGCCCUUCGACGGAAUAUACAAGAACCGGAACAUAACAACGGGACGUCUAGCACUAUUCAAGUUCAAGAUGACGCCUCCAAUGCAUCCGAAUCUAGUGACGAUGUUGAUAAAUACGUCUCCGUCGAGGGUAUCCGUUUUCCACGUACGCUCGGUCCUUCUGAGGCUGUAUACAACUACGUAAUCCAAAUUUUCGCGUACCACGGCCGUCUCCUAGAAGCACUCCAAAUCUUCACCGAGAUGCUCGAAACGCGUCACCCAUCCCCAUCCUCAUCCUCAUCCCCAGAUAAAGGGGGGUUCUUCCAACCAAACUACGCCGUCUUCCGAGCUCUUUUCCUCGGAUUCGCGAGACACAGUCAUAUGGUCGAAAAACGGCGAGUCCUGGCGAAACGGCUCAUUGAAGGACAAACAACGGAAUGGACUUGGGAUAGGUUUUGUGUCCUUUUGGAUACGUUCUUGGGAUUGGGUGAGACGAUCACACCGAGUGAGAGGAUGGUGUUUUGGAUUAUGAUUGCUGUUAAGAGGUUGACUGGGGAUGAGCAGUUGCUGAGGCAGACUUGGCAUAAGUUAACUUCGCGGUGGCAUAUUCGAAAGGGCGGGAGGUUAAAAGUACUUGACCUUAAGUAUGGAAGUCCGGUAGAAGAGGCAGUGGGGGAACACGGGAAAGAGAAAAGCAUUGUAUAG